GGACACCAUGGAAGAGCCGGUGUUCGGCGUCCAGCAGAUCCAGCCCAACGUCAUCUCGGUGCGCCUCUUCAAGCGCAAAGUGGGGGGCCUGGGGUUCCUGGUGAAGGAGCGCGUCAGCAAGCCCCCCGUCAUCAUCUCCGAUCUCAUCCGUGGAGGAGCCGCGGAGCAGAGUGGCUUGAUCCAGGCCGGGGAUAUCAUCCUGGCCGUCAACGGCCGCCCCUUGGUGGACCUGAGCUACGACAGCGCCCUGGAGGUGCUCAGGGGCAUCGCCUCCGAGACCCACGUGGUCCUCAUCCUGAGAGGCCCUGAGGGCUUCACCACCCACCUGGAGACCACCUUCACCGGGGAUGGGACCCCCAAGACCAUCCGCGUGACCCAGCCUCUGGGCCCCUCUGCCAAAGCUGCUGAUCCAGCUCCCCAGCCGUCGGGGAGCAGGGAGCAGGGGCCAGCGGCGGCCAGGGCCAGUGGGAGCGGCCCUCAGUGGGCCCAGGACAACGGGCAGGAAGCGGGCCCGUGUGCCCAGGCCAAUGGCCUGGCCCCGGACAAGAAAAGCCCUGACACGGGCCUCCUCAGAGACCACGAGGAGAACAGCGAACUGCUCAGAGAGAUUGAGCCAGUGUUGAACCUUCUCACCACGGGCGGGAAAGUGGCUAACCGAGGGGGACCCCCCAAGGCAGAGACGAAGGACACAGGAGUGCAGGUGGACAGAGAUCUGGACAGCAAGGCACACCGAGCUCUGCCCCUUGGCGGGGAGAAUGACCGAGUCUUCAAUGACCUGUGGGGGAAGGGCAGCGUGCCCGUGGUCCUCAACAACCCGUAUUCAGAGAAGGAGCAGCCCCCCACCUCCGGCAAACAGUCUCCCACCAAGAACGGCAGCCCCUCCAAGGGCCCCCGCUUCCUGAAGGUGAAGAACUGGGAGACGGAUGUGGUCCUCACCGACACCCUCCACCUUAAAAGCACGCUGGAAACGGGGUGCACAGAACACAUCUGCAUGGGCUCCAUCAUGCUGCCCACGCAGCACACCAGGAAGCCUGAAGAUGUCCGCCCCAAGGACCAGCUCUUCCCCCUCGCCAAAGAGUUCAUCGAUCAGUAUUAUUCAUCCAUUAAAAGGUUUGGUUCCAAAGCUCACAUGGACAGGCUGGAGGAGGUGAGCAAAGAGAUCAAGAGCACCAGCACCUACCAGCUCAAGGACACGGAGCUCAUCUAUGGGGCCAAACACGCCUGGCGGAACGCGGCCCGCUGCGUGGGCAGGAUCCAAUGGUCCAAGCUGCAGGUGUUCGAUGCUCGAGACUGCACUACAGCUCACGGGAUGUUCAACUACAUCUGCAACCACAUUAAGUACGCCACCAACAAAGGCAACCUCAGGUCGGCCAUCACCAUAUUCCCCCAGCGGACAGACGGCAAGCAUGACUUCCGGGUGUGGAACUCGCAGCUCAUCCGCUACGCGGGCUACAAGCAGCCCGACGGCUCCACGCUGGGGGACCCGGCCAACGUGCAGUUCACAGAGAUCUGCAUCCAGCAGGGCUGGAAGCCCCCGAGGGGCCGCUUCGACGUCCUGCCGCUGCUGCUGCAGGCGGACGGCAACGACCCCGAGCUCUUCCAGAUCCCCCCGGAGCUGGUGCUGGAGGUGCCCAUCCGGCACCCCAAGUUUGACUGGUUCAAGGACCUGGGCCUCAAGUGGUAUGGGCUCCCGGCCGUGUCCAACAUGCUGCUGGAGAUCGGGGGCCUGGAGUUCAGCGCCUGCCCCUUCAGCGGCUGGUACAUGGGCACAGAGAUCGGCGUGCGGGACUACUGCGACAACUCACGUUACAACAUCCUGGAGGAAGUAGCCAAGAAGAUGAACUUGGACAUGAGGAAGACAUCCUCCCUGUGGAAGGACCAGGCACUGGUGGAGAUCAACAUCGCCGUGCUGUACAGCUUCCAGAGCGACAAAGUGACCAUCGUGGACCACCACUCUGCCACCGAGUCCUUCAUCAAACACAUGGAGAAUGAGUACCGCUGCCGGGGCGGCUGCCCGGCCGACUGGGUGUGGAUUGUGCCCCCCAUGUCCGGCAGCAUCACCCCUGUCUUCCACCAGGAGAUGCUCAACUACCGGCUCACCCCAUCCUUCGAGUACCAGCCCGACCCGUGGAACACCCACGUCUGGAAAGGCACCAACGGGACCCCCACGAAGCGGCGCGCCAUUGGCUUCAAGAAGCUGGCUGAAGCCGUCAAGUUCUCAGCCAAGCUCAUGGGGCAGGCGAUGGCCAAGAGGGUGAAAGCGACCAUCCUGUAUGCCACCGAGACUGGAAAGUCCCAGGCCUACGCCAAGACCUUGUGUGAGAUCUUCAAACACGCUUUUGAUGCCAAGGUGAUGUCCAUGGAGGAGUACGACAUCGUGCAUCUGGAGCACGAAGCUUUGGUCCUGGUGGUGACCAGCACCUUCGGCAAUGGGGACCCCCCUGAGAAUGGGGAGAAAUUUGGCUGUGCGUUGAUGGAAAUGAGGCACCCCAACUCUGUGCAGGAGGAAAGGAAGAGCUACAAAGUCCGGUUCAACAGUGUGUCAUCCUAUGCCGACUCCCGCAAGUCCUCCGGGGAUGGGCCUGACCUCAGAGACAACUUUGAGAGCGCAGGCCCUCUGGCCAAUGUGAGGUUCUCAGUGUUUGGCCUCGGCUCCCGUGCAUACCCUCACUUCUGCGCCUUCGGCCAUGCAGUGGACACGCUCCUGGAGGAGUUGGGAGGUGAAAGAAUCUUGAAGAUGAGGGAGGGAGAUGAGCUGUGUGGGCAGGAAGAGGCUUUCAGGACCUGGGCCAAGAAAGUCUUCAAGGCAGCGUGUGACGUGUUCUGCGUGGGGGAUGAUGUGAACAUUGAGAAGGCCAACAACUCCCUCAUCAGCAAUGACCGGAGCUGGAAGAGGAACAAGUUCCGCCUCACCUAUGUGGCCGAAGCGCCGGAACUCACACAAGGUCUGUCCAACGUCCACAAGAAACGCGUCUCUGCCGCACGACUCCUGAGCCGUCAAAACCUCCAGAGUCCAAAAUCCAGCCGAUCGACCAUCUUCGUGCGUCUCCACACCAACGGGAACCAGGAGCUGCAGUACCAGCCUGGGGACCACCUGGGCGUCUUCCCUGGCAACCACGAGGACCUGGUGAAUGCGCUCAUCGAGCGGCUGGAGGACGCGCCCCCGGCCAACCAGACGGUGAAAGUAGAGCUGCUGGAGGAGCGGAACACAGCCUUGGGCAUCAUCAGUAACUGGAAGGAUGAGCCUCGUCUCCCGCCCUGCACCGUCUUCCAGGCCUUCAAGUACUACCUGGACAUCACCACGCCACCCACACCCCUGCAGCUACAGCAGUUUGCCUCCCUGGCCACCAGCGAGAAAGAGAAGCAGCGCCUGCUGGUCCUCAGCAAGGGGCUGCAGGAGUACGAGGAGUGGAAGUGGGGGAAGAACCCCACGAUGGUGGAGGUGCUGGAGGAGUUCCCGUCGGUACAGAUGCCGGCCACGCUGCUGCUCACGCAGCUGUCCCUGCUGCAGCCACGCUACUACUCCAUCAGCUCCUCCCCCGACAUGUACCCUGACGAGGUGCACCUCACCGUGGCCAUCGUCAACUACCACACCCGAGAUGGAGAAGGACCAAUUCACCACGGCGUGUGCUCUUCCUGGCUCAACCGGAUCCCUGCAGAUGAAGUGGUCCCUUGCUUUGUGAGAGGCGCCCCCAGCUUCCACCUGCCCCGGAAUCCUCAGGUCCCGUGCAUCCUGGUGGGCCCGGGCACCGGCAUCGCCCCCUUCCGAAGCUUCUGGCAGCAACGACAGUUCGACAUCCAACACAAAGGACUGAGUCCCUGCCCCAUGGUCCUGGUCUUCGGGUGUCGCCAGUCCCAGAUUGACCACAUCUACAGGGAGGAGACGCUGCAAGCCAAGAGCAAGGGGGUCUUCAGAGAGCUCUACACCGCCUACUCCCGGGAGCCCGACAAACCAAAGAAGUACGUGCAGGACGUACUGCAGGAACACCUGGCAGAACCCGUGUACCGAGCCCUGAAGGAGCAAGGGGGCCACAUUUAUGUCUGUGGGGACGUCACCAUGGCCGCCGACGUCCUCAAAGCCAUCCAGCGCAUCAUGGCCCAGCAGGGGAAGCUCUCGGAGGAGGAUGCUGGCGUGUUUAUCAGCCGGCUGAGGGAUGACAACCGGUACCAUGAGGACAUUUUCGGAGUCACCCUGCGAACCUACGAAGUGACCAAUCGCCUUAGAUCUGAGUCCAUUGCCUUCAUUGAAGAGAGCAAAAAAGACACGGAUGAGGUUUUCAGCUCCUAA